CCUAGUCAGAAGGAUGCCAUCAUCCAUCCCAAUGUUGUGGAUGUAGUAUCAAACAACAUGCCUAGAUCAAACAAGAAGAGGUCGAGGAAUGAAGAGGAAGACGAUGCACCCGACUGGCAGAAUGGCGAAGGCUCUGGAAAUCAAAUCUUACCGGUAGCCAUUUUACCAGCAGACUUUGAUGGCGUACCUCUGGAUGGGUCACAAUACCUGGCAGUCGUUCGGAAAGAGGCAAGAGCUGCUCCAUCUAUAGCCCGGUAUAAAGAGUAUGCUUCUAUGGAGGCAAAGCUUGAAGAUAAAGAAUUGGGAAUCGAAGACGCUGAUCUUCUGCCUCCGCAAGAAUGGAGGGACAGCUUUUUGCACAAGUUCAAGAAUAUGCGUGAAUCUUUGCGAAGUCGUGUUCAAUCAGGAGAUCAACCACACAAAGUUGAUAACUUCCCAAAAGGCAAAAGUGCCAAGAAAUGGUUCAAAUAUCUGCAUGGAUCAGAGCCAAGCAUCAAAGAGUAUUCUGAAGAUGAAGAGGAACAGGUGGAGAAUAAUGAAUCACUUCAGAGUAAUUCUAAUUCGAAGGGAGGCAAUUUGAGAGUGCCAAAGGAUAGCCUUCUUCGCUCUUUCCACACAGAACACAUCAUGGUCCUUUUGCAGAGCUUCACCAUAUGGCUAGAUGAGAAUUGGUACAAGCCAAAAGAAGAGCCGGGUAAGGCUGUGCAGCCAGCAAUAUAUUCAUUCCAUUCACAAUGGCUUUUUGCCCUUUUGGCCCACCUUGAUGAGCGUUUGGUGGGUGACGACAUAAGCAUCUUACGUCAAUUAGCACGUUCAUGCAUAUGUCGCAUUGCACAUUCGAGAUCCCAACGCAAAACCAAAGAUGAGGGGUUGAUCGAUAUGGAGAACGAACAAGGAUGUUGGAUCAUCAUUUGCGUCAUAGCUGGCGUAUGGGGACAGUAUGAUUUGUUGGAUGAUGCCCGCACUGCAUUACGGCAGCCGCUUUCGGUCCCGCAUUGAGGGUCUGCUUUUUUGAUUUCGACUUGGGAAUGAUCUCACUGUACAAAAUAAUUUCUUCUUUGCAUACCAUGUACUCUAUCAUGAUCAACAUCAAUUGUAUUAUUCUGCAG